AUGAGUAGUAUAGAUAAAGACGACUUCGAGAUUAGCUUCCCCGACUCGGAUCAAGAGAACUCUUCCACAGACGAUACCUACGAUGAGCCGGAGAAUGCAACUGACAAACCGAUUGAGACGUGGGAGGGCAAAGACUUUCCAGAUAAAAAAUUCCAAAAGCCACGCGGUCUCAAUCGUCUCCUUCAGCUUUAUGCCAACGCUCGUAAAACCAUUUUUAAAAAGAGGCCAGUCACUGAAGAUGUUGAACCGGUUUGUUGUGAUGGCGUUGCCGGCUUGGUAGGCCUCACUUUCCUCCUCCUUGUUGAUGCUGCAUAUGUCGGCUACUGUAUCUACUGCAACAAACUUGCCAUCGAGGACGACGUCCGACUUGUUUGGCUGUCUGUCAUUGUCUGGAUUGUCAUUCUUUUUAAACUCGCUCGACGACUUAGUCGACUUGGACGACUUAAGGGUGGGUGCUUCUCUCCAUUUGCUGCCAUGGGAGAUGGACUCACUAAUUGCUGGACUAGCAUAAAAAACGGUAUCCACAAGCUAAGCCAGUCCAUAUGGGACCGCAUCGAUUCGAAUAAGAAAUCACAAAAGAAAAAGAAGAUUCUGACUAUAAAAAUAGUGGUUGGCUUGCUUAUGGCCAUCUUCACCAUACUUUGUUUGAUUUUCUUCGUGAUUCUUACGGAUGUGCGUAAUUUGAUCUCCCUUUCCGGAAUAGCUCUGCUUCUACUUAUUUCAAUACUCAUCUCAAAAUACCCAGGCAAAAUCAAAUGGCGGCCAGUGAUAGGAGGCAUCUUUGUGCAGUUGGUUUUCGCCGUGCUAACACUCCAAACACGACCAGGUUUUAUUGCUUUUCAAUUCCUCGGCGACCGAAUGGCCGAGUUUCUGGCACACAGCACGGCGGGCUCCUCUUUCGUUUUCGGCGACCUCACUCCGUUUGCCUUCACUGUACUUCCAGUUGUGAUAUUCUUCUCAUCAUUCAUCUCAAUAGCCUUCCACCUUGGAAUUAUCUCCCUUCUGAUAGAUAAGCCAUCAGUAAUUGCUACAAAAGUUCUGGGAACCACGGGCCCAGAAACUCUCAACGCUGUUGCCAACAUAUUUGUCUCCAUGACGGAAUCGCCCCUCAUCACCCGGCCAUACAUGCACUUGAUGACCAACUCCGAACUGAAUGCAAUAACUGUGAAUGGAUUCGCCUCUGUCGCGGGAUCUGUACUUGCAGCAUACAUAAGCUUCGGUGUGCCGGCCAAUCACUUGCUGAUCGCGUGUGUCAUGUCAGCACCCGCGGCCUUGGCCAUCGCCAAAGUCAUCUACCCAGAAACGAAACGCGCUCCUCUGGCCAAAGUGGAUUCCUGUGAAAAGAUAAAGAGCCCCCAUAAUAAUGUGCUGGAGGCAGCGAUGGUUGGCGCCAUGGACUCCAUACCCAUUUGUGCCGGAAUUGUCUCAAACCUCAUCGCCUUUCUGAGUAUUUACAAUUUCUUCAACAGUACUCUCACGUGGCUAGGUUAUCGUGCGUGCAUGCAACAAGAUCUAACCUUUGAACUUGUUUUCUCAUAUGUUCUCUGGCCCAUCGCAUUCACAAUGGGAAUACCGUCAGAGGAUUGCCUCAAGGUAGCUGAACUCAUUGGUGUCAAGACCAUGCUAAACGAAUUCGUCGCCUUUGAGCGCUUGGGUAUUCUCAUCGGUAAUGGAGAACUUUUUAAAAAUCGGAGUGAAAGCGUGCCAGUGAAAUAUUUGCCCAACGGAGACUGGGAUAUAGUUCUUAAAAAUGGCACCUCAGUGACCCUCAAAUACGGUGCACUUUAUACAGACCGCGCUGAAGUGAUAUCUACUUAUGCCCUCUGUGGUUUUGCGAAUAUCGGAUCAAUUGGAAUUAUGCUUGGAGCCAUGGUGGCCAUGCUUCCGCACCGACGACACGACCUCUCCACCAUGGUUCUUCCAGCUAUGAUUGGGGGCACGAUUGCUUGCUUCCUCACUGGAUGCUUCGCAGGUAGAUUAUUCUGCAUGAAUUCCACUGUUGAAACAGGCCAUAAGACCAGUUAA